AUGCGCAUCCACGAGAGCGGCCUUGACCGCAAUCCCGACACACCCACCACGUCCAACACAUCCACCGUGCACACCCCCACCCUCGCUCCAUCCGUCUGCGCCACCACCACCACCGCCUCCUCUGUGGCUGACACUGACACCGCCGACUUCUCAUGCCCACACUGUCCACGCACAUUCACCUCACGCAUCGGCCUGGUCGGUCACUUGCGAAUCCAUCGCACAGAGACUGGCGAACCAGUGCCUGGAGCCCCCACCUAUACCCACCAAGCUCGUCUCAACUGCCCACACUGCCCUCGCACUUUCAGGCAUCGCAUGGGCCUAUUCGGCCAAAUACGCAUCCACGACGACCUGCGGUAG